CUGUUCUGAACUCGACCUCUCAACCUGGAAGAGUCGUCGAAUGGCCCUCUACUGGAAACCGUCACUCCUACUGCUCAGAGAUCUACAAUACUAAUGUUUUUACUCUCAAGGCCAUGCAAGAGUCUCUUCCCAAGCCCAUCUAUCAAAAAUAUCUUCAGCAGAUCAAGGGUCGUACUCCUCUUGACCGUGGUACUGCUGAUGCUAUUGCGCAUGCUGUCCGCGUAUGGGCCAUGGACAGAGGUGCAACUCAUUUCACUCAUUGGUUCCAGCCUCAGACUGGAACUACUGCUGAGAAGCACGACUCUUUCCUGACCCUCAAAGUCAAUAACCACGAUGGUAUUGAGCAGUCCACUCCUAUUGAUGCAUUUUCUGGCUCUCAACUUCUUCAAUCUGAGCCUGAUGCAUCUUCGUUCCCCAGCGGUGGUAUGCGUUCUACUUUUGAGGCUCGUGGAUAUACUAUUUGGGAUACUACCAGCCCUAUGUUUUUGCGCCAUGGUCCACACAAGACCACCAUUUUAUACAUUCCCUCGGUCUUUAUUUCUUACAAUGGCGAGGCAUUGGACGAAAAAACCAUCCUUUUGCGCUCUACUGAAGCUCUUUCCAGUGCCGCUGUCAAGCUCCUCCACUUGAUUGGCGAAAAAGAUACCAAAAGUGUCACUGCUACUCUUGGCACUGAACAAGAGUACUUUUUAAUUGACAGAGCUUUGUAUAAUUUGCGUCCAGAUCUCAAGACUACUGGACGAACUCUUCUUGGCCAGGUUCCUCCAAAGCAUCAGCAGUUGGAUGAUCACUAUUUUGGUCAAGUUCCCAGCCGUGUUCUUGCCUGCAUGAGCGAGACUGAGCUUGAGCUAUACAAGCUUGGAGUCCCCAUUAAAACUCGCCAUAAUGAGGUUGCUCCAAAUCAGUUUGAAAUGGCACCUAUUUUUGAAGAGGCGUCUGUUGCCGUUGACCACAAUUUGUUGCUGAUGGAGACUCUUCACCAAGUUGCUCACCGUCACAAGCUCAAGGUUCUCUUCCACGAGAAACCUUUCAAAGGUGUGAACGGAUCUGGAAAGCAUUGCAAUUGGUCCAUGUCCACUGACUCGGGUGACAAUCUGCUUGAGCCUACUCGCAAUCCAGAAACAAACUACCGUUUUCUUCUCUUUCUUGUUGCAACUUUGGAUGCGCUUUAUAAGCAUGCCGGUCUUCUUCGUGCUUCCAUUGCCUCUGCAUCCAAUGAGCAUCGUCUUGGUGCUAACGAGGCUCCUCCAGGAAUCGUCUCUGCUUUCCUUGGCGAUCACUUGACUGAUGUCCUUGAUGCUGUCGAGGAAAAUCGUGAGGUCAAGAGUUUCUCCCAGCCCCAUUUGACUACUGUCAAAGUUGGAGGAACCGUUCUCGAUCUCAAGGUUUCCACUCUUCCCCAGAUUGCUCGUGAUUUGACUGAUCGUAAUCGUACCUCUCCUUUUGCGUUUACUGGUAACAAGUUUGAGUUCCGUGCCGUUGGUUCCAAGCAGUCUCCAUCGUUCCCUGUUGUUCUUUUGAAUGCUGCGGUCGCGGCUUCUCUUGAACUUGUCACUGCUGCUCUUACCAAGCAGAUGGGAUCCAAGGCUGCACCUUCUGUCGAAGACAUUAUUGUUGUUGUUCGUGGUUUCAUCAAGUCGAGCAAACCUGUUCGUUUCGAAGGAAACAACUACUCCCAGGAAUGGAUUGAUGAAGCUGCCCGUCGCGGUCUUCCCAAUAUCAAGUCAUGUCCACUAGCCUUUAAGCAACUACUUGAACCUCAACAUCUUGAACUUCUUGUCUCUCAGGGUAUCAUGACUGAAAUUGAAGUCAAGUCGCGUUACCAUAUUUUGGUUGAAAAGUAUGUCAAGGAUCUUGUCAUUGAGGGCAACACUCUCAAGACCAUGACGUUUAAUGGUGUUCUUCCUGCCAUCUAUCAGUAUCGCAAGGAUUUGGCAGAGUCUAUUCUUGCUCAAAAACAGAUUGGAUACGAUGUUUCCAAGCUGCCUGAAAAGAUUACUCUUGACAAGAUCUUUGUGCUUACUUCGGAGCUGCACACUGCAGGUGAAAAUCUUGCUAGUUUAAUUGACAAGAUCAAUGAUGCCGACGAGCACACCCAGGCUGAUCUUGUUUCGACCGAGUUGAUUGCACUCAUGGAAAAGGUCCGCACCACGACCGAUUUACUUGAAAACUUGAUGACUGACAAGUACUGGCCAUUCCCCAAAUACUCUGAACUGAUGUUUUAAAUAAAUUCGGUUUGUCAUUG